GUCAUACUUCCCCUUCGUUUCUAUCUCCUCACUAGAAAAUCAGCCUCCUCCUCCUCCUCUCACCACCACCCUUAGCUUCUCUCUCGUCCUUCCACUUCCGCGAUUACCUGGCCGCAUCUUUCCCCUCCUCUCAUACUCUCUUCCUAAUCAUUACCUUUUGUGGUCCCCACCAAAGCCCACUACUACUUCUUCCUUGUAAUUCUAGAGCCACUUCAGUGAAUUAGUUGGACCCUCUUAGCCUCUAGAGUUCUAGUUAUGAGGGUGGGCGGGUUGAGAUGAAUAUGAUCCGAGUUCUUGUUUAUGAAGGUGAUGGGGUUGAUGGAUGUUGGUUAAUGCGUGGAUUGGUGUUGUUGGGUUGGCAACACAUUGUUGGAGAUCAAAGGUUGGUUGGGAUGGUUGAUUGGUGUUGGCGAAGGAGUGCAUGGGUAUUGAUGGUGAGGCGUGGUUGCGGUGAAGAUGAGAGGAGGAUGUAUGUAGCGAUGUAGAGUGGGUUAGUUGGUGGAGAGAGAGAGAGAGAGGGAGAGAAAAAAAAAGUGAGUGAAGAUAGGAAGAAGAUCAAUGAAGCUAGGGAAGAGAAGAGGGCAGAGAAUGGUUAUGGAGGGAUAGAGAGAUCGAGAAGGGUGUGGAAAUUGUGGAGGGAAGGAGAGAGAAAAGACUAGUGAAAGGAGAGAAGAGGAGGGUUUUAAAUUAAAAUAAAAAUAUAAAAUAUAAAAUCAAAUUUAGCCUAAUUAGAGUUUGACAUGUAGCAUGCUUCACCUGUAAAAAUAUAAAAAAAGUUACUUGCUAUUUAGGUUGUAGGUAAAAUAACCUAUUUCGAAGAGAUACAUGCUAAACGUUGGAUUAUUUCAGAAUAACUCAUAGAUGAUACUAUUUUUAAAAGAACGGGAAAAUGUUGGAUUAUUUUUUUACAAAUUUUCCUAAUAAAAAUAAGGUGAAAAUGACAGACUUUAUACGUAUUAGCUUAUCUCCGUUUCACCGCAGUUGUAUUUAUUUGACUCUCUGUCGUAAUUUGUGAUCAUUCUUUCUCGGAGGAUACACAAUUACAAAUAGGCUGGGUUUAACGUUUAAUGUCUCGUAAUAAGUUAAUUACCAUCAAGCGAGUUCAUAUAACAUGUACUCCACAUGACUAUAUUAUUUCUUAAACUCUCAUUGAUAAAGAGAAUCACACCUAAUCAAGGAAAAUAUAUUUUUAGGAAAAUAAUUGUUAGGAUAUAUCUUUACAUACUUAUCAGUUGUUUCCUAAAUUCUAGAUUUUCACGUUUAUCUAGAGAUAUGAUAUUUUAUGUGCUUGUACUGUAAAUAUUUUUUCGUGAUUGAUAAUGAAGACAAGCUGAGAUUCAUCGAUUCUAAAAAAACAUAUAUUUGUUUAAGGAAAAUUAAAUUUUAAUAAUCCAACCUUUGCCCGGUAAUCUAUUAACGGUCCCACCUUUGAGGUAUUCCUAGAUGGACCAACCUUUUAUACCCAUCAUCUUUUAACAAACCCUUUUAAAUUGGAACCUGCUAAUUCAGGUCACACGUCCUACGUGGCAUCGACCGUUCUGAUUUUUGCAGGUUACCUUGUUUUAAACUUCGUCUUCCUCGUUUUUCUUCUCUCUUUGUUCUUCGUCUCUCUCAUUUAAAAAAAACACUCCUUUCUUUUCUGAGUAGCUCACACGACAAUUUCUCAAAAAAAAAAUUCCCCAAUUUAUUCUCUGCCCCUUGAUCUUCACAUCAAUUUGCCCAAAACAUAACAAAUUACCCAAUUUGAGAAAAUUUUCCUCUUCGUCAAAAAGCCAUGGUAGGACCAAAGCAGCAAGCAUCAACUGGGUCUGGGUCAUCUACGAACUCAAGACAUGGUAGGGUGAAGUGUGGGUGUGGUGUUUCUGCAAUUGUGCGAGUUGCAAAGAAAGGACCAAAUUGUGGGAUGCAAUUCCUCGGAUGCUCUUCGUGGCCGGAGUACAAUUGCGGGUUUUUUAGAUGGGUGCCUGAAAACAAUGCCAUUGAAGACUUGCAAUUUCAAGUGUUGGAGAAGGAUACCACCAUUUCUGAAUUGGAGUAUGAUAAGAAGUUGCUUGAAGAAAAACUGAAAAAAGUGCAGUUGAAGAAGGACAAUCUUGAAGAGGACAUCCAUGAAAUGAAGAAUGAGGUCUGUGAAUUGCGUAUUGAGGUGAUGCGAGCUAUAAGGAACGAGAAGAACUACUCCAUGGCGUUGAUGUAUUCAUGUCUUUUGUUUGCAUUUGUGUUAUUCUAUUUAAAAUAGGUACGAAAGGGUUGUAAUGACAAUAAAUCAGAAGAAUAUGGCCUUGUUGACUCGAUUAAUCGACGAAAUGAAAAUGUUAUUUGAUGUCGUUUA